UACAUUAAAUUCCUUGUAUUUUGAUUGAGAUAAAUCUUAUCUCAAAACAAAUUAUCACGUAUAUAUUAUACAGAAAGAGUAGAUUUUUUCACGUCAAUUCAAACAACAGCUUCUAGACACGUUUUUCUGCUCAGUGUAAUGCUGAGGUUUCAAUUUAUUUUGUGGACCAGAAUGGGGAUAAAUGGUUUAUAUACAAUACUUUAGUGGUUCAGAUAACAGUUAGCUGUUUAUUUCUGAGUGAUGUGAGUCGAAAAAAUUGUGUAAAUGGUACUAAGCAAGUAAGCCAACGCCAACCACGGUAAUAUAAUUGGGCAUCCGAAGAUUUAAUACGUAGCCUUCUAUCAAAAUGCGUGGGAGUCAUUACUGGUUGCUUCUCGCCGUCUGCCUAUAUCUAACAGUUACUGAAGGCAAACGGAAAACCAAACGAGAAGAUUAUGUAAGCGUCCCUUCGGAGGAAGAAGUUAAUUAUGACGACGAGUUGGAGGAGCUGGAGCCGUGCCAGUGUGGGGUGUUCUUAUCCGGGCAGGUGGGCGUUAAGAACAGGCGCAGCAAACCUCGCGGGCCGCCUUCAGGGGAUCCAGUGGUCACCUAUGACACCGACUCCCCGAGCCUGCCCUGCGGCACUGGCGGCUUUAAGAACUGCAUCAGCAGAUGUCUUGACGUGAUCCUGAAGUACCUGCCCCGAGCUGGGCCUGUGAUCUGCGGCGCGGUGGAGCGCGACGUGCACCGGGAGAAGGCUUUCCUCUUCAUUAAGAACUGCGGCGGUGACUGGACCCCCACCAGCUUCUCGGCUGGCAAGGAGUUCUGCUGCACCGACGGACAACACCACAAGUGCUGAUAAUGACGAUGCCUCGGCUUAGUAUGGGAUAUCACAUAAUUAGAUUUAAAUUUAAUUGUUUUAAUGCAACGUAAUGUUAUAUGACAGCGAUAAAUUUGCGCGCUCAUCACAUUAGGAUAUGCGUUUCUACGGAAUUACAAAUAAAUUGUACAUUAAGUUAAUGUAACCUACUUGCUAAGUACUUACACUUAUAAUUAUUACCGAUACGCAUGUAAUUACCUCAGCGGCUUAAUUAAUUGAUAGGCAAUAAAUUAAUUCAGCUACAAUGUUAGCGUCUACUGUUGUAUAAUUUAUGUAAAUUUAUUUAAUAAACUAAGUUUAUUGUUUGUUAGUACCUACUCACUUACAUUUAGUUUAUUAAAGUCGUUACAUAACUGAACCUG